AUGAAUUCUAAUAAUAACUGCACUAACAAAAGAAAUUCAUUUUUAACUCGGUAUGGUAUCGACUAUAGUUACAACGAGGUAAAGCAAUGUUCAAUCACAAACAGUACUAAAACAAAGGAUGAACAAGGCGGUUCUAAUCAAAUUCCGGAAGUAAAAAAUGAAUACCAAUACUCAGAACUGUCAAAAAUGAGAAGCCUUAACACCAGAUACCAAUUAAAUUUUCAAAACUAUAUUCAGGAACUGUAUAAAUCAUUGAUAAAAGAGUGCAACUAUAACUUAUUAGAUUUAAAUUCAUUAAACACAUCAUUAGACUUUGAAUCUUUGUUGAGUGUCAGUAAUCGAACGUUGAAAGCUAUAAAGGAUCGAAAAAUAUUUUCGGUAUUAGGAUAUUUUCCAACGAUUUCUGUAGAGCUGAAAAAUCGUGGUUGGGUCGAAAAACGAGAUCCGUACCGACCACCAAUAAAUUAUUCGCUGUGUUUAAAAUCAUCACCACACAUGGUUAAUUGGAUCGAAUCGCCUCCACUGAUUAAAUCGUCAAUCAAUGAAAACGAAGGUGCCAUUGAGCGUAUAAAAAGUUUGCAAACUUGGAAUAUUCUAAAAAAUAAAAGAUCUGACUUUAUUUUCGUCACUAGAAAACAGUUGAUUAAUUGGUCGACUUUAAGUAAAUUGACAUGUGUCAGUCAGAUGACAAGACACUUAUUUUGUACCAAAAAUGGUUUGGCACAAUGUUUGGAAUCUUACAAAAAUGCUGAAACGAAUUUGAUGUUUCCGAGGUGUCAUUAUAUUCGAACCGAAGCAGACAGUGAUGCAUUUGUGGAAGAUUUCAUUACGACAGCGUUGGUAAGCACACUGAAAAUUAUUGUAAAAGCAAUUGAGAAUAAUAAAAGAAUGUUCACAGAAAAUGGCAAUAUACCAUACGAAUUUAUUGAUUUUGUGAAACGAAGUAUACUAAAAAUUUUGAAUAAACAAAAAACUGGCAAUACUGAGGCAGAUAUAUGGAAAUUUAAAAGUCAAAAAGAAGUAUUGGACAAAUUUCUGAUUCAUUACACAAAAUUGAUCAGUGAUAGUAACUCCAAAUUUAGUCAAGAAUACACAAAUGAAUUAGAAUUCGAUGUCUACGCAAAAUGUAAAUAUUUACUCGAAGAAGUGAAAACAUAUUGUCCCCAACACUAUAUAGACGGAAUUACCAAUACAUGGAUCAUAAAACCCAGGUCAAACUGUUCUGGUCAUGGCAUCAUAUUGUCUAGAAACUUGCAGACGAUCAAAAAAAAAAUCGCUGGAGCAGAUGUCUUGAGAAAUAAUCAUAUUGUACAAAAAUAUAUAGAAAGACCCCUUUUGGUUUAUACUUGUAAAAUUGAUUUGCGACAAUGGUUUUUAGUGACCAAUAUGAGUCCAGUAGUUGUGUGGAUGUAUAAAGAGGGUUAUGUCCGAUUUUGUACUAACAGUUUCUCCAUGGAAAACAUGCAUGAAUCCAUUCAUCUGAGCAAUGUUAGGCUGCAAAAUAAAUACCGAAAAUUUAGAAAUUCGCAAAUACCCGAAGAGUGCAUGUGGGAUUACAGAGAACUACAAAACCAUUUAAGAAAUAUUGGACAAGAAUACGUAUGGGAUGAAUUAAUAUUUCCCGGGAUGUGCGAAAGUAUUUACGCUGUGUUACAAGCUGCUACGGACACUUCGUUUUACCGCGACAAAACUUUUCAAUUGUUUGGAGCCGAUUUCUUGAUCACGGAUAACUUUAUCCCAUAUUUGAUCGAGAUCAAUUCCAUUCCCGGACUGAAUCCAUCUACGAGCGUCAUUGCAAAUUUGGUGCCUAUGCUCCUAGGUGACAUAAUAAAAGUGACGGUGGACUACAAGACAAACUUGAACGCCGACACAGGGCUGUUUGUAAGGGUUGUGCCGGAAAAGUGGAAACCAUCCUCAGGGACCGCAGUCAACUGCAGCAGAAAUCCAUUAAAUUCGUCGGCGGCUCUGACUGCGGAACAGACACCUUUCACGUUUGACUACCACCGCCGGUGGAUGGACAGUGUCAAUAAAAAGUUAGUGGCACUACAGCUACAUAGGAAAAAACAAAAAUAA